AAGUGGUUCCGGGCGGGGUCCGAUGAUGGCGUCCCUGACGGACCAGGAGCUGCGGCGGGAGCUGCAGUCUUUGGGCUCGAAGCCGGGGCCCAUCACGGCCACCACCCGCUCGGUCUAUGUGGGGCAGCUGCGCCGGCUGCGGGCCCGGGCCCGGCCUCCCUCGGCGCCCGAGCGGGCCUGGCGCGGCCGCUUCCCGGGGCCCGGCCCGGCGGCCCGGGACGGAGGCAGCUCGGAGGACGAGGACGAGGAGCGGGGCCGGGCCCGGGGCGGGCCGCCGGCCCUGAGGGGCGGCCCGGCCUCGCGGCGCCACUGGAGCCCGCAGGCCUCGCAGGCCUCGCAGGCCGCACAGGCCUCACCGCCUCCAUGGCCGCCCGACUUUGGCCAAGGGAGCCCGGGCCGGGCCCGGCGGCUGGAGCGCGCCCUGUCCCGCCUCCUGGCCUGGGCCACCCUCGGCCUCCUGCUCUUCUUCCUGGCCAUCCUGGCGGUCAAGUUCGGGGGCCCGUCCCGGCCCCGGGAGGCGGAGGAGCACAUGAAAUUGUUACCGGUGGACUGUGAGAAAAAGACAGAUGAGUACUGCCAAGCCAAACAGAAGGAGGUUUUGCUAGAAGUGCUGCAUGAGUUAUACAACUUCCUGGCCAUACAAGCCGGUAAUUUUGAGUGUGGCAAUCCUGAGAAGCUGAAAAGUAAAUGCAUCCCUGUUAUCGAAGCCCAGGAGUAUAUAACUAACGUGACGGGUAGCCCCCCGGUGAAGUUUGAAGCCGCGCUGACGUGGAUCCUGAGCAGUAACAAGGAUGUAGGAAUCUGGUUGAAGGGGGGAGACCUGUCGGAACUGGUGACGGCCGUGGACCAGGUGGCCUGUCUGGAGUCGGCCCGGCCUCGGAUGGGCGUGGGCUGCCGCCUGAGGCGGGCCCUGCUCACAGCCGUGACCAGCGUGCUCCUUUUCUUCUGGGGUCUGGCCUUUCUGUGGGGAGUCCUGAUUCUCCUGAAGUACCGGUGGCGGAAACUAGAAGAGGAAGAGCAGGCCAUGUAUGAAAUGGUGAAGAAAAUUAUAGCUGUCGUGCAGGAUCACUAUGUGGACUGGGAACAGGACAUGGAACGCUAUCCCUAUGUGGGCAUCCUUCACGUGCGGGACACCCUGAUACCUCCUCAGAGCAGGAGAAGGAUGAAGCGCAUCUGGGACAGGGCAGUGGAGUUUCUGGCUUCGAACGAAUCCCGCAUCCAGACCGAGUCCCACAGGGUCGCCGGAGAGGACAUGCUGGUCUGGAGAUGGACUAAGCCCUCUUGUUUCUCCGACUCCGAGCGCUAGCCUCCGGGAAAGGGUCAGGCACGAGCUCAACUUGCCCACGGGGGCGCCUUCCACGAGCGGCGUGGAAGGUGCCGGGGGGGCCCGAGGUGCUGAAUUCGGACUCUCCUCGACCUCCCCCCGUCUCUCCGCCUCGCCCCGUCCCUUCUUCCCACCUUUCUUCGGAAGGUCCCGGAGGAUUUUCGGAGUUUAGCCUGUCGGGAGAACCCGGAACUGCCCCCGGGAGGCAGGGGAGACGUCAGACGUUAGGGCGGUAGCUGCUCUCCGGCUUUCCCACGGCCGAUCCCGCGGCCCUCGCCCUCGGGUUCCCCGCCCCCCCCCCCCCGACGGGAAGCGGGAGGGGUAUCUGGGUCACCUGAGUGGGAGUGAGCGAUGAACGGUGGAGCCGUUUGAACCAGGGGGCUGCAGCUCGUCUGCUCUCCCCCAGGAUUCAGCGGCAGUCCCUCGUUUGCCGAGUUCCCGGGAAGUGGUCCCCUUUGGGUGUGGGUCUGGGGAGAUGGUGGGUUUGGGGUGGGUUGGGGGGAGCCGUGUCCUCGCCCUUGGGGUGCCUUGGCUGGCAGGGUGUGCGGGCCGUCACGGGUUUCUCCUCUUGGAUUUCGUUCCCCCUUCCAUCUAGAGGGGGGCUAAGCUAGACGCCAGGAGAUCGUGGAUGGGAUCGGGAGGUCCCCUCCGGGCCAGAGCCGAGGCGGGGUGGAGCGUUGGGCGGGCCCGUCCCCUAGGAGAGAGCUGACUGACCCGGGAUGCCUUGAGCUCCGGUGCAGAGCAGCCGGCCGAGGGUCACGGUUCAGAGGGCACAGCCAGGUGCCACCGGGUGCAAACCGGCUGAGCGGCCAAACUGGGAGGCGGGGGCUCGAACCCAUUUAAUGGUGCUCUUUGCUCCAAGCCUUCAAGGGGGGCGGGCUCCCUCGGCGGAGCCGCCGGUUUUAGGAAGAACUAAAGACGCCGGCGGCGAAUCGGUUCCGGGGCCGCGAUGCGCCUCUCUGAACCUCGCCUCGGGCAGCGUUCCCUCCAGCGGGGAGGCCGUGCGCUUCUGGGAGUCAGGAGACCCACCGCCCUGACUCCCAGGAAGGUUCGUCUUGAAAGGAAAACUUCCUCCAAACCUCAGGGCUCACUCAAAAUCCUGGAGCCUCUCGGGGGGCCCGGACGCCUGGUCUCGAAACUGAGGGUCCGAAAAGGGAGCCGCUGCGCCUUCCUCCGUCCUCUGGCCGCCGGCGAGGGUCGCCGGGGUUCCCUGUGAAUUCCAAGGGAGAGCUCGCUGAGACCCUCCACGUCUACCUCCCGCCGGUCUGUCACCGCGGAUCGGAGUAGAGAAAGUCAUCCUUGGCAACCAGGCGGUGUGGUGGCGGGGGCGGAAAGAGAGGGGUCUUAUUAGUUCAAUUAGAAAAGAUGGCAUACGAGCAUGAUUUUGUCCCUCUCUGUUUUCAUCUGAGCCACGGGCUCGGGGUUGGGCCGAGGACAGCACUGGAUUGCCGUCCCGGAGACACCGGUCAUCUCUUUCGGCUCUCCGGACGCCUCUCUGGCGACGAGCGGGCUCGGCCCUCCCGUGUGCUAGCGCUACUUCCCCGGUUCUUCCGAGGGCUGCGCGGCCCCCGGGCCCCCGGGGGUGGGCAACGGCUGAGCCCCGGCCCCUCCCCGAGGGGAGAAGCGUUUCCGGGAACAGGCUCCGGCCGGAGUGGGGGCCUGACCGCGGCUUCGGUUAAGUGGGGCGGACCUCUGUGGGGUGAAUAAUACUAUUUGUUUAAAAGCC